UAGUCGUCGCCAACGAACGACCAAACCAACACAAAUAAACACCUUCCAGAACCACCACAAAUGUCGUCCAUCUUAUCACGAUUGCACUUCCCAAUUCGGAACAACUGAUUCUGGGUUCUCACUGAAAGUCUUCAUCUCCGACAAUGGCGCUGCAAGUUUACUGGUACGACUUCGUCUGCUUCGCCAUUGUUGGGGUUUCUUUUGUGGCCGCGUUGUGGGUGAUUUGGCGGAAGGAAGGAGCUUCGAAGAGGUUCGAAGACAGCACCAUGUACGACAGCCUUCUGGUGACCCGCCCCGAAAGCCAUGUGUUUGUCAGCGCCCUGCCGAAGGGCCACGUCAGCACUUCCCAGCUCUGGACUAGCUGCUGGAAAGGGAUCCACCCCGGCUGGCUCUUCGCGUCUCGGUUCGUCUCGUUUCUGGCUUUGGCUGGGUUCUUGGCUUGGGAUCUUGUCAAAUGGAGUCCUUCCAUUUUCACUUACUACACCGAGUGGACAUUUACACUGGUUAUGAUCUAUUUUGCGCUGGGAACUCUAGUGUCUGGGUACGGUUGUUGGUUAUCCUUAAACAAGCCCCCCACUGGAAAUGGGACAAGGACGGAAGCUUUGAGAAGGGAAGUGGAAGAGAAUAAUGGAACUGCAAAUACCUAUAGGCAAAAGGGAAAUAACGGUACCAUCAAAUUGCAAAGCCAGUAUGCUCUGGAGGAAAUUCAGAAACGAACAGGAUUUUGGGGUUAUCUUAUGCAAAUUGCGUUCCAGACUUGUGCAGGAGCUGUUGUCCUCACAGAUAUCGUCUUUUGGUGUGUCAUCCUUCCAUUUUUAUCAAAUGCUCACCUUGGCCUCAAUACGUUGAUGUGUUGCAUGCAUACGCUAAAUGCAGCGUUCCUUCUUCUGGAUACCAUUCUUAACAGCCUUCCAUUUCCAUGGUUCCGCAUUUCAUAUUUUGUCCUCUGGAGCUGCAUCUACAUUGCCUUCCAGUGGAUCAUUCAUGCAUUAGGUUUCCAAUGGUGGCCGUAUCCAUUCCUUGAGCUCGAUACGCCAUGGGCUCCACUAUGGUAUUUUUGUGGGGCCGUGGUUCACAUCCCUUGCUAUGGGAUUUUUGCACUGAUUAUAAAGGCAAAGUAUUCACUUCUGCCCAAUGGUUUCCCCACGCUUUUGUGAGGCCUUACUAGUAGAGAUUAGCUGCUUUCUUCCUUAUCGUCUCCUGCCUCCAGAAAGGGCGUACGUUCUCUGUCCUACAUCGUCUUACUCGGACGAGUAACUUUCGCCUAAUCUUGUGUUUUAUUUAAAAGAGAAACUUACAGUUGGAACUUGGGAAUGAUUUAUCAUGGUGAUCGAAUCCAACCCCCUCCCCUCCCUCUGCAUAUUUUACAAUUUACACUGUUAUUGUUAAGUAGUUGCAACUUGGAUCAAUCUAUUAGGAAAUGUAUUCCAUUGAAUAAUGAUAAGAUUACAUCGGCUGGUAUUUAUACAAUAGCUGUGCACUUGACAGCUCCCCAUAACAAA